CCGUACAAGUGUGUGCCGUGCUAACGCCUAUAGUAAUAUUAUGUACAGAUAGGAAUAAUUAUUUUCUUACCGUCAAAUCUUACUCGAGCGUUUACUCGUGUGUAGUGGCCAUUUUAGCGUCGACCAGACUCCAAUGGAGCAGCUGUAAACAUGAUCAAAGCACCCGGGGAUAUUAAAGAAACGUCGGUGUACACUUAACAGGAUUUAGCUGCACCCGGUGGUCUUUGCGGUUACCAUGCAGUUGACCGCAGAUUUCCUUGUACUUGGCAACUGCUCUUAAGCCGGCGUGAUGGCGAGGACUUACGUGACCACAGUGUGGAUCGUGGCGUGGACUUUGUCGUUGACGAUGUGCAGCGUUGACGACAAAGUAACCAAAUGCUGUCCAAGAGAUAUGAUACUAAGAGCCGACUUGGCCACGUGUACGGGAUACGAUACUGAAGCGCAGAGUGCAAGAGAAUCGUAUGAAUGGUCAUCGGACACAGACAGCGGCAUGACCACCGGAAGUCCGGAAGAAGAGCUGUCACUGUCCAUACUGAACAACACCGUGCCGUGGUGGAUCCCAGGCAACAUGGAUUUUUUAAAAGCCGACAACUUUUCCCAAGUCGUGAUUCCGGAUUCCGGGCUGUUCGAUUCGGAAGGCCGAUUGCCUUGCGAUAUAAAUGAUCGAGAAGUGAGGCCUUUGGACAAUGACGUCUCGCUGCUGGACAACGGACAGCUGGUAGUAUUCUGGCAGGGCAACAAGAUAGUAUUCGCAUCGUCCGAGUACUGCGUCGACCGUGUGUCUUUGAUGGAUAACUUUACCCUUCCCCCGACCACUGGCAACGGUGACAAGAAGAAGAAACCGGUCAGGAGGGCUGCGACUAUCUCCGGAUGGGCGCUUUACAGUUACGUUGCGCUGUUGUGUCAGACGUGUUCCAAGACAAUGUGCGUGCCGAAAUGCUGUGGCAAAGGAUUGGUACUUGAAUACAAAAAGCACGCUAUUUCGGGAUGCCGGAGAACCAACACUACCGCGACGGUGCACUUAAAAGACGUCAACGGUUCCGUAUUGAAUAGUUCAGAUUUUUACUUUUCACCGAUGAGGCCACCCGAUUGUGAAAACAGAGGAUCUUAUUUACUGAACAACCCGGACAAUUCGAAGCAUACCGACUACCGUGUACUGCCGGACGGCCGGGUGCAGGUGCAGAACGGCCUCGAGUACAUCGAACGGGACGAGUAUUGCGUGGACGUGGUCAUGGUGGACGGCAAGCCGUUCUCGGAGAGCAUUCUGGCCUGCCGGUUGCAGGGAGGCGCCAGUGCGUCCGGUGCCGCCGCGCCGCUGGAGUUCCGCGAAAUCUUGUACGGCACGUAUUUCGUGGUCGGCGCCAUGUUCCUGGCCGCCACGCUUCUCAUCUACGCCGUGCUGCCCGAGCUCCGGGUCACCGUCCACUCGGGCAACCUGAUAGCGCACACUGUCUGCCUGUUCGUGUCGUACACCACGUUGGCCGCGACCACGCUGACCACUCAACUGUUCAACAAAUACGCCUGCGUGAUUGCCGCUUUCGUCAUUCAAUUUUCAUUUUUGGCCGCAUUCUUUUGGCUUAACGUCAUGUGCGCGGACAUUGCUUGGACAUUCAGCGGGUUCAGACUGUUGUCUUACUCCAACAAGAUCGAGAACGAGAAAAAGAAGUACAUGAUUUAUUCUGUGUACGCUUGGGGUAGUAGCAUUAUCAUAUCAGUCUUGACCGCUGUGGCCGAGUUUACCGACUUCCUUGUCAGCCCAGAGUACAAACCGAAUUUCGGUCAAAGAGACUGUUGGUUCGCCAAUAAACUGUCGGUCGGCUUGUUCUUCUAUGCUCCUAUUGGAAUUCUCCUGUUGACCAAUUUCAUAUUGUUCAUGUUCACUGCGUUGAGAAUAGUUUUCAUCCGCAGGGUCACAUCAAAAGUGUUGAAUCGACAAACCAACCAAAACAAUACUAGGUUGGCACUAUACGCGAAGCUGUUCUGCUUGAUGGGCGUCACGUUCGUGUUCGAGGUGAUCUCGUGGGCCGUGCAGGGCCCGGCCUACUAUUGGUACGUGACAGACGCGCUGAACUCGCUCCGCGGCGUGUUCGUGUUCUUCAUAUUCUGUUGGAAACGUUCGGUGCUCGACCUGCUGUUGGCCCGCGUCCCCGACCGUGUUCGCACCCGCCUGGUCCGCCUGUUCGGCAUUCGCGAUUCGCGGCGGCAUCCGAGCUUCUCGUCCGUGUACCAGUUUCCGGCGGCCACCAGGACCCGCAGCAGUUCGGCGUCCGCCCAGCAGAUCACUUCGGGAAGCUCGUUCCAGCUGUCGCAGUUCGGCAGCUCCGCCUCGAUGGCCAGGAAGGCCAAUUCCCGGCACAAACCGUAGGCCCGAACCGGGCGGCACAGCCUGUCUCCCGUUUGCCUGGGUUAACAAUCCUAUCUCUCAUAGUAUGAACAUACAAAGUAGAAUCUGUCGAUUUUACUUGAAUAUUUGAUCGGGUAGAGUGCAAAAAAAAAAAGGACAAACAUAUUUUCGUGUAAAAAAAACACUUAUAAUGUUAAAAUUAAAAUGUAUUAGCUUAUCGAGUGUUUUAUGUGAAAUUAUAAAUGAGGUGCCUAGAACUCGAGAGGUGCAAUAGAUGGCAUUUCAUUGAUUUCAAAAAAAUCAAGCACAGAGUUUAUAUUUGCUACCAGAUCGCAGCAAAUGAUAAAUAGUUAAUCUUUUUACAAUUUGUAGUUAACCUGUGCACUGAACUCAGAUUUUGUAAAAAUGUCACUCUUGUGUUCUAGGCGCCUCAAACAAAAGAAGCUAAAAACGUGGCUAUUCCUAUAGAGGUAAUACUAUUGUAAAUAUAUUUUCACCACAAUAAAUUUCAAACAACUCAGUUAAUUUGGUGAUAAUAUUUUAAACAAUAUUAAUUAACGAUUAAAUAUCUCAACGGAAAACCCUAUAAGGUGUAAUGUUUCUAUGUUAUAUAUUUUUGCCUAGCUUGUAUCCAAUUGAAGAACCGAGCCAGUUGCCCUGAUAUUAGGUUGCUUUAUCUUAAUAUUGUUACAGAUAAUUACAAUAAUAGCGAUCUCAACCGACUGCCGACACUGCUAUAGUACUAAAAAUAUUAUUUAUAUUUAUACAUAAAAACAGUUACUAUAUUUUAUGUUGCUUAAUAUGAGAAGAAACCAAAAAUUGUUGUCUCAAUAAGUUUUACAGUUAAUCGUUCAAACGAAAUAAAUGUAAAUUAGAUUUUAAAUAAUAUAUUUAACGAUUUAGUCUCACCAAUAGACCAAUGUCAGCUUUAUAGAAACUAUAAUUACGUGGUUUGUACAAAUUAUUAAGUAGCUACCUAAUUAGAAAUCAAGAAAGAUACUUUUUUUUAUUACAAAUAAGUUGAAGGCUUGAAUAGAUUACACUAUAUGUACAAUUGCUAUCAAACAAACAUGCACUGUAUGAUAUGUACACAUAUAUUUUGCCUGUAAAUUAUAUAAGAUUAUAUUACAAUAUAAAUAAUUAUUUAUUAAUUAAGACUGUAGAUAUACUAAGUUGUUCCAGUACUAUUAUAUUAAUAGUAUAUGUAUGUAUCACUUAAAACACUGUAAUUUUUUUUUUUAAAUAACAAUUACUCUUGUGUAAUGUAUAUUUACAAAACACGAGACUUGUAUGUUGCCUUUGGAUUUCAGUUUAAUGCUUCUGUAUAGCUACCGUGUCGAGCAAGACGACCACAAGCCAUUGUAAGCUUUAAAAUUAUAGCCUAUAUUUUAUAUAUCUAUAUAAAAAUCUAUUUAUAUUAGUAUGUUAGUAUGACAAAUAGUAAUUACCAUUUAAGUAUAUUCGAAUUAUAUGUGUAGUCAACACAUUUCGAUGUUGUAAAUUAUGAAAAUUUCAAUAACCUAUAUCGUUUACCAACUAUAUGUAUAUUUAUAUUAUAUUUUGACUGAAUUA